AACAAUGUUAAAAGUUUGGGCGAGUGCCAAGGAGCCUCUGUGAAGAGACCGGAGUCCACUGCCAGCAGAAGGUAAGGGUAAGUUAGUCGCAAAGAAAACAAAAUUCGUGACAGCAAAUGAUCAAAGGGGAUCAGAAGGCGCCUAUAACUGGACAUCAAUGCCCGGCAGCGUUUUCCACCACUGAUCAGAGCAGCUCAGCACUCCCUUACUUCUCCCACAAGCGAAAGCCUGGCACUGUUACAAUCAGAGUCUGGAUUAUUUUUCGACUGAACGCCCUGUAUUUUACCAGGCGGAGCUGGUUGAGAGCUUGGUUAGACACCCCUGACCAGAUCUUGAGGAGAUCUGGAUUGCAGUGGAAGCUUUCUGUGGCAUGGCGCCUGCGGCAUUGACGAACCGAGCUGCAGAACAGAGUGCGACAGGGCCCUUACCCCAGUGCUCCUCUUGGAGCUUACAUCGAACCUCCUCCACGGGCCCCCAGCACCCAGCUGCCCCUCGCCGGUUGCUGCGAAUUCGGACGCUUGCGGAUCAGCCCGCACCUGCUGACUUGAGAGGGGAAGGGGAACAGAUUUGGGAGGAGGCGCCCCCCGCCGUGUGGGAAGAGCAGCUACUGUACCCGGAGGCAUGGUUUGACCUCUUUUUCAAGUACAUCAAGCAGUCGCGCGAGGGAAUGUGGGGCAGCGGGGCGGGACCGUUAAGCUGCAUCCAGGGUGAACUCGGGUGGCUGAACUUCGACUUGGGCGCAGGCGCCCAGAAGGAGGCUGCUAAAGACCAUGGCUGCAGCUCUUGGGUCGGGUUCAUGAUUUGCUUUCCGGAGACCAUGGCGUCCUACAAGACGAUGGGCGAGCUCUGGAAGCCAUUUGCCGCCAUAGACGACUGGAUGGAGCACCAGAGUCCGCGGACCUGUGCAUCAAGCGACGGACUCGACUACGACCGGGCUAUCGGUGCGGUGCCCACGUGCUUUGCCACGCGGCCGGAGCUUGCCAGCGCAGCCUCGGACUACCUGCUCGCCCUAGACAAGUACAAUGCGCGUGCUACGCAGGUAGACCCUGCCUGGGUUCGUCGCAUCUCGUGGGGCUCCUACCUUUUUUACAGGGGCGUCAUGCGCGAGGCCAACAGUCUAAGCGCGUACCAGACGCGGGGAACCCUGCCGACGCUGGAAGAGUACCUGCAGACCCGACUCUUCUCCUUCGGCGGGAUCGGCAUGAGAAUGCUGACAAUGGUGGAGCGCAGCGUCCGGCUGAACAGUGCCAGCUUUGCCCGCGCGCGCCUGCUGCUGGUGUAUGCGGGCGCGGCCACCGCGCUCUUCAACGACUGCCUGGUCGCCGCCAAGGAGCCGGCCGAGGGCCUCUUCAACGCGGUCACUAUCGCGGGGAAGAGCCACGUGGUGCGGCUGCAUAACGUGAUCCUCGACCUCUUUGCGGACGAGGCGGCCCGCUUCUGCGCGAGCGCGGCCCCGAAGGACGAAGCUGAGGAGUUCGUCAACGUGCUGAAGGCGAGCGUCACUGGUGGCGCCGUGUGGCACAACACCACUGGCCGCUACCGCAAGUAUGUGGAGAUGACGCGGCAGCCGUUUGCGAUUGCGGGCUGGCCGGAGGGGCAGCUGACGGACGCCCACAGCCGGUUGCGCGGGGAGGUGCGCGCGAUGUUGCAAAGGAUUGCGCGUGAGGAUCUGCCAGGGGAGUUCCCGCAAUCGGAUGAAGCGGACCGGCGGAGGGCGGCUGGUGCAUGACCUAAGCCUGCGCAGCUAACUAAGUAACAAUGAAGAUGUUUGAAUGUACAGGGGGCCGUUUAAGUGAUUAUUCUGAUCUGCGUAUAAAGAUAUAGCGGACGGUGCAUGACCUAAGCGCAGUUAACGGUGACAUUUGAGUCCUUCCAAAUGAUGUACAGAGGGCCGUCGUGCACAAUUUUGGUUUGUGUAGG